UAGAACAGAUCGAGCGGACAGCGCCUUUACAUCAUGAAAAUGAUCAACCAGAAGCAACUAGCAAACGCGCUUGACGACAGUGUAACAGCGAAACAAAAUGAAUCACACAUUUCGGAUUUUUAUUACGCCGUCCAAAUAAGCAUCUGCCUGUUGAAGCCAAUCGGUGCAUGGCCGUUGGACGACACUUCGAGACUUAAAAUAGCUUUACACAAGCUACACAUGGCCACCGGCAUGUUCCUCAUAUUGUUCACCAUCGUGCCGAUGAUCGUACAAAUGAUCAAGGAGAAGUGGAGUGCCUUUCUGAUACUCCGCAUGAUCUGCCCGUUACUCUUCACGAUGGCGAUCUUCGCGAGAUACAUUUUACUGUUAUGGCAUCAAGACCGACUCAAGUCCUGCAUCGAGCACGUAACCGAUGACUGGCGAUCCACGAUAAUCGCCGAGGAUCGAGACAUCAUGCUGGCGAAUGCCAAAACGGGUCGAACAUUUGGCAUCGUUUCUGUAGCUUUCAUGUUUAGCUGCGGCGCAUUGUAUUAUAUGUUACCUAUGGUCUUGCCGAAUGCGAUCAAUGAGGAUAACGUUACCGUGAGAGUGCAUCCAUCACCCUGCGAGUUUCUCGUGUUUGAUUCCAAGGCUAGUCCUGCGUAUGAAAUCGUGUACUUCUUUCAACUUCUGUCCGGUUGCACUGCCUAUAGCGCAUUCUGCGGCAUUUGCAGUCUGAUGGCUCAUUUCGUCACGCAUGUGUGCGGUCAAUGUGACGUGUUAACAGCAUUUUUUCAAGAUAUUGUGAACGAUGGUAAACACAAUAACGGUUCCAUCGAAAACCGAAUAGCUACCGCGGUAACUCGGCAUUUGCGUUUGCUAAGAUUGGUUUCUGAUAUAAGCAAUUUAUUUACCGAGAUAUGUCUCGUGGAAUUUAUAAACGCUUCAUGUAACAUAUGUUUGCUUGGCUACUACAUCAUAACCGUACGUUGCGACUUAAAUAAUAACGAGUCGUUCAUUCAGAUUUCAAUGUAUAUCUUCGGACUCGCUUCCGUCAUUUUCAACGUGUUUUUGGUCUGUUAUAUCGGCGAUUUACUCAAAGAACGCUGCCAGAAUGUGGGUACCGCUUGCUAUGAAAUUGAAUGGUAUCAAAUUCCUUCGAAAAAAGCAAUUGAAUUAAUUAUGCCGAUUUUGAUGUCCCGAUAUUCUACGACGCUCACUGCCGGAAAAAUGGUAGCGAUGACUUUGACGACAUUCUCUGACAUCUUAAAGACUUCAAUGGCGUAUUUCAAUUUGCUUCGUGAAUUUUCUUCACGAGAUUAA